ACAGGCUUGCCGUCCUACGUCACUGUAUGUUGACGUGUUGCUUUGUAGCAGAGCUAUUCUUCAGUUAGCAAACUCCUGUGGACAGGUGAGGUGAAGUGAAGCGCUGACAGCGGACUGUCCUCGUGCCUUGUUAGCGGAAUAAUGGCUGCAGAUUGGGAGGAGAUUCGCCGGCUGGCCGCGGACUUCCAGCGGGCUCAGUUUGCGGACACAGUACAGAGGUUGUCGGAAAGGAACUGCAUAGAAAUCAUCACAAAGCUGGUUCAGGACAGGAAGUUGGACGUGGUGCACACUCUGGAUGGGAAGGAGUACAUCACUCCAGCACAGAUCAGCAGGGAAAUCCGGGACGAGCUGUAUGUCCAUGGAGAUGGUUAUAUUUCAGUGUUUCCUGCAGGAAGAAUCAACAUUGUGGAUCUGCAGCAGAUCAUCAACGUGGACUGGGUCCAUGUGGAAAACAGAGCCAGCGACAUUGCCAAGUCAGACAAAGGGGUCCAGCUAGUCCUGGGACAGCUCAUUGAUGACGCCUACCUGAACCAUCUGGCUGAGGAGGUGAACGACAAACUGCAGGAGGCCGGUUUGAUCAGCAUGGCAGAGCUGUGUAAAAGCUACGACCUCCCAGGAGACUUCCUAACUGAGGAAGUGUUGAAACGCCUGGGAAAACUCAUCGAGGGAGAAAUGGACCAGUACAACAGAGGAGUGAUCUUCACCAGAGCUUUUGUUGCACGUCACAAAGCCCGAAUCAGAGGCCUGUUCAGCGGAAUCACAAGACCAAUACCCGUCAGCAGCAUGAUUGCAGUGUUUGGAUUUCAGGAACACCUCCUGUACACCGUUUUGGAGGAGCUGGUGAACAGUGGACGUCUGAAGGGAAGCGUAGUGGGAGGACGACAGGACAAGGCUGUGUACAUCCCUGACAUCUACGCCAGAACACAGAACGCCUGGGUGGACUCCUUCCUCCAACAGAACGGAUACCUAGAGUUCGAUGCGUUGCUCCGUCUCGGGAUCCCUGACCCGUCCAGCUACAUCAAGAAGCGCUUCAGAUCCAGCAAGCUGCUAUUCCUGCGCGCCACCUGCGUGGGUCAGGCUCUGGUGGACCAGGUGGAGGCCUCUGUGGAGGAAGCUGUUAACUCUGCCACGUGGACCGACCUCCAGGUGUCGGUCCUGCCCAGCUGUCUUUCCAUGGAGGACAUGGGGAUGCUCAUCAACCAGGCCCUGAGGAACUCCAAUGUGCAGUCGCAGGCCAGAGUUCUCGGGGGCACUGUGGUGGUCAGUGAGAAGUUCAUCGGCAUCUGCCAGGCACUAUUUGAAGACGCUAUGCAGCAGAAGGCUCAGAAGGAAGUGAAGAACAGCCCAGUGUUCCUGAUAACGGAGGAGGACCUGAAGCAGGCGUCCGCUCUGGCCGAGAGCGUUGCUCUGUCCAAGAAGGAGAGAAAGGAUGCCGAGCGCAGGAAGAAGGCUGCAGAGGGUAGCGGCAGCGCCAAGGCUGGUGGGGGGGGCAACGCCAGGGAGAUCCGCAUCCGCAAGACCAAGAAGAAGGGCAGGAGGGACGAGGACAGCGAUGAGGAGACAGGAGCAUCACAGCAGAGUCGCAACAGGCCAGCUGAGGCUCCCUUCAUGGCCCAGGAGGAGAUUGCUGCUAUUCUGGAAGACAGACUAAACGACUGUCCUGAAGACAUCCUGUCUGAGCUGGCCGAGUUGCUGGUCAGGCCUCUAACCAAAGCAUACCAGGAAGUCCUGAGGACCGUCUUCAUGUCCUCCAACAGCUCGCCUUCAGCGGCCUGCAAGAAGAAGAGCAUGAAGGAUCUGCAGGAGGAGAUCAGCAACCUGUACAACAACAUACGGAUGUUUGAGAGGGGCACCAAACUAUUCUCAGAUGAAACUCAGAUCCAGAUCACCAAACACAUCCUGAAGACCUUGUGCACUCAUGUGACCAACAUUCUGGUGAACUUCCUGGCUGCUGACCUGAUGAUGUCAGUCGACAACCCCAGCACCAUCACCACCGAGGUCAGAGUGAAGAUUCUGGGCAAACUGUCAGAAGAGACCAGAGGUCCUCUCAUGAAGCUGCACAACUGCCUCAAUGGCAAGACAAUGGAAGACUUUCUGAGUAACUUGGAAGCCUCUGCAGAGGUCUGCGGCUUCAUGCUCAAGAAAGGAGACAAGAAGAAGGAAAGACAGGCUCAGUUCCUGCACCGCCAGGCCCUGACGGAGCAACUGAAGGAGGCGGAGGACCCAGCACUUGUGCUGCAUCUGACCAGUGUGCUGCUGUUCCAGGCCUCUACCCACUGCAUGCUGCAUGCGCCGGGCCGCUGCGUCCCACAAGUUAUCGGCAUACUGACGGGCCGCAUCCCACCGGAGCAGCAGCAACUGCUGUCUGCCUACCAGGGUCUGGUGGUGAAGCAGCUGGUGUGUCAGAACCAGAGCAGAAAGCAGGAGGAGGAAGAUGGUGAUGAGGAGGAGGAGGAAGCCAGGAAGGUCCGCGCACAGCUGCUUACCCUAACACCCCAGGUGAAGCAGCUGGUGCUAUCCCAGAGGAAGACAUCUGUCAACGAGGACUGAAGGAAAAAAAAACCCUCCUCCUUCCUGCUCCUGCUUCAAUAGACAGUAAUCCUGCUAAGUUAUAAAUGUGGGAAUCAUUUCAAAUCAUGAAGUGAAAUUCCUCUGUGGAAUGAGUCCAGUAAACACAACAUUAGCAUGGAAGUCCUCGGUGAAGUGAUGAUUUUCAUAAUAAAACUGCUUUUUAUUUCCUCA